AUGACGUAUUCGCCAAAGCUUUCCAGGCUCAUUUUCAGAAGUAUAACGCCAAAGAUAAAGAGACUCGUCGUCCUGGGCAUAAUAGCAGUUGUUUCGGUUUCUUAUUUCCUGGCCAGAAAUUCUUCUUACGGAGCGGCUGGCAAAGAUAUUGGCAAAACAAGCCCCCUGUUUAUCCUUGAGCAACCAAUGAGUAACAAUUAUUCCGCACAAAAUCCUACCAUUGUGACAGGAUUUAUUGACAUUGGAAAAUUCAUCAAAGGAAGCGUGUCCCGGCAGUUGGAUACAUAUCUGGAAUGGUUCAAAGUGUGGUCGAAGAUUCGCCAGCCAGUGGUAUUCUACUUUGACAAAAAAUGGAUUUACACCACCUUUUCCCGCCAUCGUCGUGGCAUACCUACCAAAUACAUAUAUGUGAAUAUGUUUCAAAACGAAGAACACUGGAGCUGGAAACUGUUGCAAAAAACGAAGCGAAUCUUCGCUCAAGAAAAUUAUCCACAGCACCAUCCGCCAACCACGAAUGCCCACUAUUCCGUUAUAAUGCACGGAAAGUAUGAAUUUCUCGAAAAUGCCAUUGACAACAAUUAUUUUCACAGUCCUUACAUCAUGUGGCUGGACAUCGGGCUUUUUCGUGAUUAUCGAGCGAACGACUGCUUUAAACUAAAGAUUCCUCCAAAUUUCAAUGAUUCCAAAAUUGCAUUCAACAAAGUGAAAAAUUUCAUUGGAAACAAGAGUUCAGAAUGGAUCAUUCGAAAUAUGCCUUUCUGGUUGUGCGGGUGUAUUUUGGUUGGUCGAGUGGAAGUCAUGAAGAAGUUCAUUCGUCAGUAUCGGCUGGUAAGAGACGUACUGAUGGAAAGGAACCUAACCGGGGACGAUCAGAUGAUUCUCUACAGUAUGUUUUCCGAUUACACCCUUGGUGUUAGCUUGAAUGUUGAUGUACAGACCUAUGAAGACAUUUACCGUAAUCCGUCUUACGUUUGGUUUUAUCUCGGCUACGCGAUGAAGUCAGAGACGCCAUGUGUGCAUCUGAAUCAUACGUCUGAUGUGUAA